AUGCUCGUGUGGCUCCCCUUCCAGCCCUCCCCAACCGUGUCCGUGCUGACCAGCCCGACCAGCCGCUCCGUGACGCCCUCAGAAGCUCAAGCUCCAGCUCGGCUUCUGGCGCACCACAGCCCGCCAAGAUGCGCCGGCUUCUCUGUCUUUGCCAUCCGGGCCAAGGGUCAGGUCCUUGCAUCCACAACUUUGCACUGGAUGCGUGUUGUGUGUUUUGCUGAGACGGCAGCCUCGGUGCCCGUGCUUGGUCCGCUCUUGGCUGCUGUGGCAGCAGUCGUUUGGACGCUCUUGGCUCUGGCUGUGUUGGCUUUCCUGGGAUUCGUGCUUGUUUUUCUCGGCAUAAGAUUUGUAGAGGGUGACCAUUGGGCCAGGUCACAUGGAUUUGCGGACCCGCUGGCCGUGCUUCUAUGGUUUCUGUGCUCCUUGGCCGUGUUGUUCCUGCUCCUUCUUUUCCCCUGGCCGACCUUGCCCAUCUGCGACUCGGCUCCAUGUCCCUGCGCCAACGGCUUCUGCCACGCCGCCGGUGACAGCUGCAAAGGUUGCUUCGAGGGCUUCCACUUGUCCCGUGGCGUCUGUGAAGCGAAUGUCUGCAGCUGCAGGCACGGCAGUCCCGUGAAAGGUACAGGCUGCACUGAUCACGGCUCCAAAAUCUGCACGUCUUGCAGUACUGGCUACUCCAUUCUGAAUGCUUCAUGCGCACCGAACAAGUGCCGAUGCCCGCAUGGGCAGCCAGUGGAUGCGGGAUCCGCGGAGUGCACCUCGAACGGCGCGGUGGCAUGCAUAGCCUGCCGGGGGAACUUCCACUUGGCCAAAGGAGGAUGCAAGGCCAAUCAGUGCACUUGCAAACACGGAAAGCCUGUCCCCGCCGACAAGUGUGAGACUGAUGGCGCCGAGCACUGCGAAUCAUGCUCUAGCUGGCACCACCUCGCCAACGGCCGCUGCAAGGACAACGCAUGCUCUUGCAAGCACGGGGUGCCCAUCCCCGGGUGUGCCAGAGAUGGCCAGGAGUCGUGCCAGUCCUGUUCAUCCGAGUUUCAGCUGUUGGGUGGGUUGUGUGUGGAUUCAACCUGCCAUCAAGCCCUUGAAGGUGCACAGCCGAUGGCACCCAUCCGCCACUCCGAGCCGUCACAAGCCGAUUCCCCCCCCCCCUGUGCGUCGCAGUCGAGCUACAAUGGCACUUGCACCAUACCCACGAAGUGCAUCCAGCAACUGCCAGCAAGCAGCCCACUAAGGCACGCAGAGGCUUUUGCCAAGGGAUCUCCUCCCUUCGAGACUCACAUCCCCAUCAAAAUUACGGUUUGUGUCAGUGCCGUGCUGUUCGUCAUCCCCAUCAUCUACAGCACAGCCACAUUCAGACCCUUCAUGCUGGUGGUGGAGGUGGCCAUCAGCUCAGCCGACUUCGGCUCGGACCUCCUGAGCGCUUUCAACAAUGACUUCUACAGCUGGCAGAUGUUUGUGCUUGCUGUUUUCAUCGUCACAGCAGCCGGGGUGUACACGAUCGUGUGGCAUUAUGGAGGUAACUUGACGCACAUAUGGUGGAGUACCUACAACAACCUGGCGUGGAUCUCCUACCAUCGGCUGGCCAACAACGGCAUCCACCAGGUCUUCGAGAUCGCAGGCGACAGCUUCGAAAAGCAUAUCAUCAACGCCUUCUGUGCUUUCUUUCUGCUUCUCAGCUUGCCACUGCUGGUGCUGGUCAUCGCUCCAGUGGUGGCCGCAUUGCGAUGGCUAAUGUCGUUCGCCACGGGUAUCGUGCUGCACAGCACGCGCCUGCUUCUGCUGAAGGACGUCCAGGUCUUCUACGAGAAGCACGUACUCGGUCGGGAGUUUGCCACGUCGGAUACGUCAGACCACGUCGACCCCGAGCGCUACCACACCAUCAUUCUGACGGAGAUCCUCACGGAAGGCCUGCCCAGCACGGUGCUCACACUCGUGAACUACAGCCUGAUGAGGCAAGCAUACAUGGUUACGCGGCUGAAUACUGUCGCAAUAGUUUCGUUAGUAGUUUCUGCAUACCUAGUCGCACGCAUUGGUUUUAAGUACGGCCACCACAUGCUGUACCAUGGGAAGCCGUUGGCAGACAUCCCGUUGCCUUACACACAAGAAGUAGCGGCCUACACGCAUGUAGGCAAGAACGAAGUGAUGGCAGCUGGCGGUGCCGUUGCCGGAGUCGGCGGAACCGCAGCGGCCCUGAUAGCAGCAGGCUGA